AUGUCCCUCACAUAUCAAGAAGCAUGGAAUCUGUUUCAAUAUGAGGAUUCGCCCCAAUCACUCAAUACGAGUUCGAAUGCGCAAAGCCCCCGACUUGCAGGCAAUCAUACUUCUCCAGCAGAUCCCACCGUAGCCACAAAUCACGAAGCUGAGAGUUCCAAUAGUGAACUGGUCACCGAGCUCCGACGUCUGCGUGAAGAUCUUCAGCGUCUCCAAUUUACAGGAUCACAGGAAGAUGCUCCAGAUGUCGUCCCUUCAAUGAGUAAUCGAUCAGGUUCCGAAUCAGCGGCAUCGCAGACGACCAUCGCCGUUCGCACGAAUCAAGCAUCUCAAAAGUCAGAUACUCUUCGUUGCUGGGAGUCCUGCUGUAAUGGUCGUGUCUUUUCCAACAGAAGUAACUUAAUUCGCCACCAGCGAGAACGACGUGGUGAAUCGGCGAAGCUGCGAUGUUCUUUUUGUGAUGCGGUUUUCUCACGUCGAGCUGCGAGAGACACUCAUGAGGCUGCUAGACGAUGUCGUCGGUUGUGA